UGGUUUGACAGCUCUGAAUUAAUUUGUUUGUUUGCUUUGGCCAGACCUCGCUGCCGUUUGCUCAUUUCAAAGCGAAAUGAAAAGCGCGAUCGUUUUUCUUCUGCUGCCUUUGAUUGGCGUUUGCGACGAACUGAAAAAUGCCUCGUCCACCUCGUACGAAGGGAUAGUUUUUCAAAACAAAGAUGACCUUUACGGUAGUUCGGCGCAGAGACCGCCGACCCAGUCAAUAACCUUAAAGCCCACAAUCGUCUCGACAACUCCAGUCCUGGAAAUGCAAAGCAACACAACCGCUGAUAGAAUUGCAGCUGCUGGAGCGUCUUCUGAUGAGGGGCGAAAUUGCAACUGCGUCCGGGUGGACCAGUGUCCUCUGAUCGGAAUGCGAAUCGUGACGCCGGAAGGAAGUUGCUCGGAAAAGAACCACAUCCUGUGCUGCUUCGCCCCCCAAAAGAAUCCAGCCCCGACCUGCGGAAUCAGACCCAACAUCACCGAAACCAACAAUGCGCUCAAACCAGGCCAAGCGCCAUUCGGACACCACCCUUGGACGGUGGCAAUCCUGGACGCGGCGACAAACUUGUACAUCGGCGGAGGCGUUUUGCUCAACAACCUGCACAUUUUAACUGCGGCCCACAUUCUCAACGACACCUACAAGUCGAAUCCGGAGGGGCUGAAGGUGCGGCUGGGCGAGUGGGACGCGUCCGUGAAACACGAGCCGUACCGCCACCUCGACUUCAACGUGACCGAGGUCAUCGUCCACCCCGACUUCAAUCCGAAGAACCUCAAGGGCGACCUCGCCGUCCUGACCUUGGAGGAGGUCGUCGCCCUGCAGCGGAAUCCGCACAUCGCCGCCGUCUGCCUGCCUGGAGGAGACGCGAAUUUCGUUGGCCAAAGGUGCUGGGUGUCCGGAUGGGGCAAAAACGCGUUCCAAGGAGGAUCGCUGCAGGAAAUCAUGAAGCACGUGGACGUGCCGGUGGUCGCGUCGGACGAGUGCGAGAAAAGACUGAGGGACACCAAGUUGAGUCAGUACUUCCAGCUGGACAGGAGGAGCUUCCUUUGCGCCGGAGGAGAGCCGGAAAAGGACGCUUGCACGGGCGACGGCGGAUCCCCCCUGGUCUGCGAAAGCACGGAGAGGCCAGGUCAGUUCUACCUGGCCGGACUGGUGGCCUGGGGAAUCGGAUGCGCCACGCCCGAGGUGCCCGGAGUUUACGUCAACGUCGCUGGCCACGCCGAGUGGAUUUCCGAAAUCACUGCCAACUUCAAAGGACUCGCUUAUUGAAACGUUCUUUUGAUAAUGAUCGAUUUUUAUUCGUCUCCACUGGCCUCUUAUGACAAAUUCCACAUGUAAAUGCUGCACAUUUCACAACUUAUGCUACUAUUAGCCAAGCCAUUAUAUUUGUGUGCAAAUUAUAUAAUUUUUCUAAUUCUUGUAAGGAUUCCUUCCGUAAUGGUCUAAUCAGUAGUUUCUGCACUAUUUAUCACAGUUUUAACUUAAUUAUUCAAGCACAACGGAAAUAUUUUCUCUACUGUUAAUUUUAUAAAGUGUCCGAGCUUGUGUCAAAAUAAAUACUGUUAUUGAGAAAAAGGUUUAAAUUAUUAUCAAGUCUUGAAUAAAAAUUAGAAAUACUAGAAGCCGUUUGAUAAAAAUUUGUUUCAAUCUAAACUGUUAACAGACUCAUCUUGAAUGUAUAAUAAAUAAAGAUCU